CGUGUUUGCAAUUUUACAGUAAUAAUUGUUAGCACUGUCAUACCUAGCCUACAUCCUUGGUUUAUCUUCGGUUAACGGAUUACUUUUUAAUUUCCGACUGCAUUUGAAUAGGACAAAUAAUAUGAAUUCCCGCCAGUUGCCGUGCGCGAGCGCUUCAAGAACCAAAAAGCACUCUAGCUUUUAAAUUAAACUUGUAUUUCUUAGUCAGUAUCUCAAUAUUCUUGUCGUUUUCUAGUUAACGUAAUCAAACAAGUAAAUGUCCUCGUUUACCAGUUUUACUAACAGUCUUGUUCUGUCUUAGUGUAGCUAGCUAAGUUAGGAAUCUAAGUAAGUUACCUCGAAAGGUUAAAGCUAGCGUUAGCUGAUUUAGCUACGAUCCCUGAACCAGCUAAAUCCAUUUUUAUCAUUUAACCCAUAAUACUUUGAAAAUGAAAGUCGCAGAGGAUCAGGUUGUUGAAGAGGAUACUGGUUUCCAGGAUGAUGAGGAGUCCUUCUUCCAAGACAUUGACCUACUACAGAAACAUGGGAUUAAUAUGGCAGACAUCAAAAAGAUGAAGCUAGUGGGUAUCUGCACUGUGAAGGGGAUCCAGAUGACUACUCGCAAGGCUUUGUGCAACAUCAAGGGCCUGUCUGAGGCGAAAGUGGAAAAGAUCAAGGAGGCUGCUGGGAAAAUGCUGAAUGUGGGUUUCCAGACUGCCUUUGAGUACAGUGCGAAGAGGAAGCAGGUGUUCAACAUCACAACCGGGAGCCAGGAGUUCGAUAAACUGUUGGGUGGAGGUAUAGAGAGUAUGGCUAUCACGGAGGCCUUUGGAGAGUUCCGCACAGGGAAAACGCAGCUGUCUCACACAUUCUGUGUCACUGCUCAGCUGCCAGGAGAGGAUGGCUACUCCGGCGGGAAAGUCAUCUUCAUUGACACAGAGAACACUUUUCGUCCAGACAGAUUGAAAGACAUCGCUGACAGGUUCAACGUGGACCAUGGUGCUGUGCUGGACAACGUGCUUUACGCCCGGGCCUAUACCAGCGAACACCAGAUGGAGCUGUUGGACUUUGUAGCAGCCAAAUUCCACGAGGAAGGAGGAGUGUUCAAACUAUUGAUCAUCGACUCCAUCAUGGCUCUGUUUAGAGUAGACUUCUCUGGACGAGGAGAGCUGGCUGAGCGGCAGCAGAAACUGGCCCAGAUGCUCUCCAGGCUGCAGAAAAUCUCUGAAGAAUACAACGUAGCAGUGUUCGUCACCAACCAAAUGACGGCUGAUCCUGGUGCAGGAAUGUCGUUUCAAGCUGAUCCCAAGAAGCCCAUCGGUGGGCAUAUCCUGGCGCACGCCUCCACCACACGCAUCAGCUUGAGGAAGGGGCGUGCAGAGAUGAGAAUUGCCAAAAUAUUUGACAGAUAUCCUCGAGUCCCGAUAUGCCUGAGAAUGAGGCCACGUUCGCCAUCUGCGCUGGAGGAGUUAGUGACGCCAAAGAGUGAAGAGGAAGAGACGCGUGUUAGCACAGUCCCCUGUUUACGUCAGUUUAAAGUUAUUUAAGGGGUGUCUCAAGCGGGCCGGACCCGUAACAUCACAGCAUGACGACCUGUAAAUAACAACA